AUGAAAUCAACUCAAAACAUUCGUGUAACUUAUCGACCAACUAUUGGUGAUGAUUGUUUAAAAAUUUUCCUAAGCAAUCUCGAUGGUCGUAUUAAUACUCAAGAUCUGAAUGCAUUCUUCAGUCCAUACGGUAAAAUUGAACAUAUUGAAUCUUGGACUCCAAAAUCUGCCAUUAUUCUUUUUUCUGAUAUCGAUUCCAUCGAUCGUGUUCUAUCGAAACAUCGAAAAUGUACUAUUAACAGACAAGAAAUAUUUAUUCGUCGUUUUCGUUAUGGAUAUAUCGAACGUGCUUAUAUGGAUUCCAAUAUUUUAUUUAUAAAACCAAUGAUACAUGAUUUAUCUAUCAAAUGGAAUGAGAAAACAAUCCGUAAAUGUUUUCAAGGAUAUGAAAAAUAUAUUGAAAAAAUUCGAAUCCUAUCGAAUUCAUAUUGUGCAUUUAUUCGUUUUAAUGAUUAUGAUAUCGUCGAUCGAAUUCUUGUUCAAACGGAUAUGUUUAAUAUUAAUGGUGUAUCAAUUGAAAUGAAACGAGCAAAAACUAAUGAAAAACAAAUAGAAGAUGAUGAUAAAUAUGUUGACAGAUUAAUUCAAAAGAAUAAAUUAUUAAAAAAACAGAUUGAACGUCAAAAGGUGGAUGCUCGUCAUGAAAUUAAAUUUCUCAGACAUAAAAUACGUAAAUUAAAAGAUGAACUUAUCGAUUCAAAAUCUCGAUACCAUUAUUGA